AUGGCUUAUAUAAAUCGUAAUAUCGACAACGCAAGCCAGUUAAAAUUCUGGCCAGGGAUUAUUUUCUCCUCUCCACUCGAGCAAUAUGUCAAGGGCUUGGCUGACGUCCACGGACUUCAUCCAGAUUCUCUUGCUAUUAUUCUGAUUAAUUGUGUCGCAGCAACGCUGGAGUUUUCGUAUGUUCUUUGUGCGAAUCGUAGCGACAACAUGAUUUCCACAAAUUUAUUCAAUCUAAUCGUGGCACGUUCGUCUUAUGGAAAAUCUGAAUUAACAAAAAUUCUACGAAAUAUGUUGAAGGUGGUCGUUACACAUCGACUGAAUAAGUUUCGAAAAGCUGAUCAGAUUGUAACAGGUCAAAACGUCAAUGCCACCUUGGAUGAAACGUCCAAAGCGGGCUUAUUAGCUGCUCUUGAUGACUGCUGUCGAACAAUUGUUUGCGACGAAGCCGAUCUGACGUUUGCAGAUAUCGGUUUAUUUUAUUUAAUAAACACUGGCCGAGCUCAACCGGAUAUGAACUGCCGAACCCUUGUUUUAACAUUUUUCGACCAAACUACCGAAGCAUAUGUACGACAGUUACAAGGCAAAACAAUUUCAGUAAAUCGUUCCAAAUUUAAUAUUCUAGGCUGUUCUACUGGAGAACUCGUUUCCAACAUGGUUAUGAGAAUGAAAGCUGGACUUGGCUGUGAUCCUAUGAUUGGUCGGUUCCUUUUCUGGCCACUCGAUGGUCCGGUAAUUCCCGAUAAAAUUACUCAACAACGCGUUGACUAUACAAAGAUGAGCUCGUUGAAUCAGUUCGCCAUCAUUCUGUCUUUCGUCGAAAACGUAAUUUUCAAGUUCGAAGAAGAUGCUUUGGAAGAGAUUGUAUUGUGGGGCAAUGAUUGCAAACAAAAAAGUUUUGAUGUGCGAAAUAACGAUGCAGGUCUGGCCGCUCGACUUGGGAAAACCGUACAACACGCUUAUCGGUUAGCAGCAUUGAUUAACACGAUAGAAAUUGCUUUUACCAUUCAUCAAGAAUACUUGGAAGUUAAUAACGGCUUUCCUAAUAAUGGUUUAGUCGAUACAAACUUUGUUAAUUCCAUCGAAUAUUUGUUCCACUCGAAGUUUCCGCAUCAAUUUCAAACGAGUGAACGCAAACCGUUCCUAAUCAAUAAAACUAUUACAUCACAAGCAAUCGAUUUGAUCUCUUGCAACAUGAGACAAUUUCGAUUAUUAUUUGAUGCCACAAAUGUUCCUAAGUUGUCAUCUCUUGGCCGACAGGUUGUGAUUGUCACAUCUGAUCAAAAUGGAAAUGGUACAAAUGGUCAAGCACUAAUUGAACCAAGUAAAAUUAAACAAGAGGAACAGCAACAAAAAUAUUUGUUCAAUUUUAAUGCUGUUGCUGGAGCAAUCAUCUUAUUUCCAAGCAUCUGCUUCACAAAAAAACAACUUCACAAAUCAUCAUUUAUACACAACAAUUCCAGUGGUGGUCUUCUCAAAGAAGUUCUGGAACAUUUGGUUACAGCCGAUGUUUUAAUUGUAUGUCAACGUGGUAUCAAAAAUCAAUCUGGAUCGACACCUGUUUAUAUCAAACGCCUUUGCAAUCAAGAUGACUCUGAUGAAGAAGAAAAUUUGGCAUCAAUGCUGUCCGAGUACACGUUCGAAAAUAAACCAGUUACAAUUGAAGCUUUUCGCAAUGCAUGUGAAAAUACUGCAUUGGAAGCUAUUGGCAUCGUACAGAGUGAAGUCUUUGCAAUAUUACGGCGACGUGAAUAUGGCAACCGUGAUGUAACGUCAUUAACUUUGCUACCAAGAACAGCUCCUGUCAGAAUCGAAGGUUCAGCAUCCUCAGUUAUUGGUGAUGAUACGGAUUCUAUUGCUCUAGAUUUCAAUAUUGAUGAACAGCUGCAGUUAGAUUCUCCACAGGAACAAGAAAAUCCAAGAUCAUCUCAAUUAACAGAAGAAUCAACACAGAGUAAUAUCGAAGCAUCGGAAGAAAGCUCAAUGUUGUCUUUUGCUGUUCCCGUGAACUCCGGUUCAACUGCUGAAAAUGUUACGUCAAAUGACGCAAUACGUAACGACGAAUUUGAAUCUACAGCUAUUCUGCAAGACGAAAAUCAAGAAAGUGUUCCGGAAGCUCGUUUAAUCGAAUUACUUUGUAAAGAUUCUGAUAAUGAAGAUGCACGAGGCAGCAUAUCUGAUGAGCAUGAAAACGCCUUGGUGAACGAUGGCUUUACUAGUCCAACCGCCUGGAAAACACGAGCGCGGCAAAAAAGUCAUGAUAAUGGUGGCGUCUUUGUUUUCGAUUGCAACAGUGUGACAACUGACAAUUCAUCAACCGCUGCGAUAUUGACUGGUAACUUAAUGGCUUUGACAAGUUUAUCAAUAGGCCAAGUGGCUUAUGGCAAUAUUGAUGGUUUACCAAUAAAACUACAAAUUUUGGACAUGCAUCAUUUGAACGGCGAUGUUUUGGGAGUAAGUAUUGUUCGCCUGAAGUUAUCGGAUGGAGAAAAAUUCUACGGAGGUACGAUAGUCUUCUUCGCUCAUUCGAAACGCUAUAUUCUACCUUCUGCAGGUUUCGUUGUCAACGUGUCACUCUUGGAAACAUUGUCUGCGAGUGUUUAUGAUAUUGUGCGAAUCGAUAAGAUUAUAGUUUUGAAUAGGUCUCCGGGAAAAACUGUUUUGCAAAUCGUUCGCAUGGAAGUAGUAUCACACGAAAGCGCAAUCUUCGGUGAACCUCAACUCUGUCAAUUUGAUGCUGUCCCAAAAUCUAGUGCUACUUCAAAUAAUAUGAUUUGCGUUCCUGAGUCAAAACUCGAACGAAGACGAUCAGAAAUAGAUUUUCAAGAAGAACCCACAUCAAUUCUUCUGCUCACAUCAGCAUUUCAUAGAGGGACAAUGAUUGAAGGUCGAGUUAUUCGUAAAAGCGAAAUUCUCACGUACUCGAAUGGAACUGGAAAAUUUUUUACUUUUGACAUUGCAGAUUUUUCUGGUGAAAUUCGGUGUAAAGCAUUCAAUGAUGUUGCAGAUCAAUUUUUCGAACAUAUUGUUUUAGGCAAUGCUUAUCGUUUACACGACUUCUUCGUCAGUCGAGCUAAUAAACAAUUCAAUCAUUUAUCACACGAUUUCGAAAUCAAUUUGUUGAAAAAUACGAUUUUCGAUUCUAUUCAUAACGACAUUUAUAGUGAUGUCGAUAUAUCAUAUCACAUCACGAAGAUUUCCGAUGUUUCGUCCAAUGACAUUGGUAAAUGUUUUGAUUUACGUGUGACAAUCAAAUCAGUUGGUAAUAUAGAAUCAAUAUUUAUAAUGAAGAAAAAGUGUUAUUCGACCAAAAGAGCAGUUCAAGUACAAGACGAUAGUGAUAAUGCUGUUAUCAUAUUCUGGGGUGACAUGGCAAUGAAUUUCACAGGCCGCAUCAACCAGACCAUGAAAAUCAAAGAUUUGGUGGUACAAUGUUUCAAAGGUGAUUUACAGUUUGCAACGACUAUGACAACAGUCGUUCGAUUAGAACAACACGAGGAAAAUAUUUAA